CCCAUCCCAUCCCACAUUCUUCGCUCGGGGAGGACGGCUUUUUAGAGAGCAUAGAUCUUUCGUCUCUGCUUCUUUUGCUCUCGCCAUCGCUGUUUCCUCAGACACAAAGAUGGGGCUGUCUUUCACCAAGCUCUUUAGUCGGCUUUUUGCAAAGAAAGAGAUGCGCAUAUUGAUGGUUGGUCUUGAUGCUGCUGGUAAAACAACCAUUCUGUACAAGCUCAAGCUGGGAGAAAUAGUGACUACAAUCCCCACCAUUGGAUUUAAUGUGGAGACUGUGGAAUAUAAGAAUAUUAGCUUUACUGUUUGGGAUGUUGGUGGCCAAGACAAGAUCCGACCUUUGUGGAGGCAUUACUUUCAAAACACUCAGGGUCUCAUCUUUGUGGUUGAUAGCAAUGACCGAGAUCGUGUGGUUGAAGCAAGGGAUGAGCUUCACAGAAUGUUGAAUGAGGAUGAAUUAAGGGAUGCUGUGCUGCUAGUAUUUGCGAACAAGCAAGAUCUUCCAAAUGCAAUGAAUGCUGCUGAGAUAACCGACAAGCUUGGUCUUCACUCUCUUCGCCAACGCCAUUGGUACAUCCAAAGCACAUGUGCUACCUCUGGUGAAGGUCUCUACGAGGGGCUGGACUGGCUUUCAAACAACAUUGCAAACAAGGCAUAGACAGCUUGUUUUGAGGCUGUAUUGUGACCACAGUGUAACAGUCUUUAACCUUUCCUUAUUGUUUUGGGCAAUGUUCCCGGUUGAUGUGUUUGUUUCUUUACCAUGUUUUGAGAUUUCUUUAGCAGACAGACAGUACCAUUUGUUUCCUGUAGUUUCUGAAUAAGUUUCAAUUUUCUUUUCUUUUUUUUAUUAUCCAUGAAUCUUCUUUUCUUAUAUGAUUAUGAGACUUUCAUUUGAAAUAAUCCUUUGUUAAAUAGUGUAUAUGAUUGAUCUCGAAACAUUGCAC